AUGGACUCCACCGCCUGCUUGAAGUCCUUGCUCCUGACCAUCAGCCAGUACAAAGCCGUUAAGUCGGAGGCGAACGCGACCCAGCUUUUGCGGCACUUGGAGGUAAUUUCUGGACAGAAGCUCACACGAUUAUUUACGUCAAAUCAAAUAUUACCAAGUGAAUGCUUGAGUUGUCUUCUAGAACUACUUGAAGACCCAAACAUAAAUACACCACUGAUCUCCAGUAUCAUCAGUUUGUUAUCUCAAUUAGCUGCAGACAAUGAAACAAGAGACUAUCUUCAGAAUACGUAUAACCUGAAUAAUGUGUUGGCAGGAGUGGUAUGUCGGAGCAGCACUUGCCACAGUGAUUCAGUGUUUUUGCAGUGCAUUCAACUUCUGCAAAAGUUAACAUAUAACGUCAAAAUUUUCCAUUCUGGUGCAAAUAUAGAUGACUUAAUUACAUUCCUGAUAGAUCAUAUUCAGUCUUCUGAAGAUGAGUUAACAAUGCCUUGUUUGGGAUUAUUGGCAAAUCUUUGUCGACACAAUCUUUCUGUUCAAACACACAUAAAGAGUUUGAAUAAUGUGAAAUCUUUUUAUCGAACUCUUAUAAGCUACAUGGCCCAUAGUAGUUUAACUGUAGUUGUGUUUGCACUUUCAAUAUUAUCCAGUUUGACAUUAAACGAAGAGGUGGGAGAAAAGUUGUUCCAUGCUCGAAACAUUCAUCAGACUUUUCAGCUAAUAUUUAAUAUUCUCAUAAACGGUGAUGGCACACUAACCAGAAAGUAUUCAGUUGAUCUACUGAUGGAUCUCCUUAAGAAUCCUAAAAUUGCUGAUUAUCUUACCAGGUAUGAGCACUUUUCUUCAUGUCUUAAUCAAGUAUUAGGUCUUCUUAAUGGAAAGGAUUCUGAUUCUUCUUCAAAGGUUUUAGAAUUACUUCUUGCCUUCUGUUCAGUGACUCAGCUGCGCCAUGUGCUCACUCAGAUGAUAUUUGAACAGUCUCCAUCUGGCAACACUGUUCUGGGAAGCCGUUCUAAAUGUGUAGAACCUACUGUAGCUCUUCUUCGAUGGUCAAGCCAACCCUUGGAUGGAUCAGAAAACUGUUCUAUUUUAGCAUUGGAACUAUUUAAGGAAAUAUUUGAGGAUAUCAUAGAUAGUGCUAACAGUUCCUUAGCUGACCGUUUUGUGACCCUUCUGCUGCCUACAGUCCUUGAUCAGCUUCACUUCACAGAUCAAAAUCUAGAUGAGGCCUUAAUAAGAAAAAAAUGUGAAAGGAUGAUCAAAGCUACUGAAGUUUUGCUAAAUAUCCUUUACUAUUACAAAUAUGGAAACUAA